AUGCGCUGCCAGCAGUGGGGGAAGAUUAAACAGCAGGAAAUUAGCCAAGGCCUGAAGAGCAAGCAUGUGCCUUUUGGACUUGGGAAGACAUCCCUGAUCACAAGGUUCAUGUAUGACAGUUUUGACAACACGUAUCAGGCUACAAUCGGAAUCGACUUCUUAUCAAAAACCAUGUACUUGGAAGAUCGGACAGUACGAUUGCAGCUCUGGGACACAGCAGGCCAGGAGAGGUUCCGAAGCUUGAUCCCCAGCUACAUCCGAGACUCCACAGUGGCUGUGGUGGUCUACGAUAUCACCAAUCUCAACUCCUUCCAGCAGACAUCCAAAUGGAUUGAUGAUGUCAGGACAGAAAGAGGAAGUGAUGUCAUCAUCAUGCUCGUGGGCAACAAGACAGACCUUGCAGACAAGAGGCAGAUAACAAUUGAAGAAGGAGAACAGCGAGCCAAAGAACUGAGCGUCAUGUUUAUUGAGACCAGUGCAAAAACAGGAUACAAUGUAAAACAGCUGUUCCGACGUGUCGCGUCAGCUCUGCCAGGGAUGGAGAGUGUUCAAGAGAAGAGCAAAGAAGGAAUGAUUGACAUCAAGUUGGACAAACCACAAGAUCCUCCAGCCAGUGAAGGCGGGUGUUCUUGCUAAUACAGAGCGCAGAAUUGGUCAGCUUCAUUUGACACCACACGCUUGUUGUGUUGCUUCCUAUUGGUUAGCUUCCUAAAGAAAAACAAAUUGAGUUAUCAGAUGGAGGAGGAUUUUUUUUCUCUGUC